AUGAGUUCUACUAGAUCACUAGUUUUACAGAGUUUCAAGAAAUUGCAUAGGACUCGAAAGAAAAUAUUUGCUGGAGAUGAAAAGGCAUUAACAGCAGGGCGAUUGAAAAUUAAUGAAGAGUAUAAAAAAAAUAAAAGCGUCACCAACGAGGAUUCUAUUAAAACUAUGAUAAAGUUUGCUGAGGAUGUCGAUAUGGAGCUCAAGACACAAGUUAUACAAGCACGUGAAGUAAGACCUGGUGUAUAUGAGGCCAGAAUAACAGAUGAAACAGUCAAGUUUGAAAAUAUACCUUAUGAUGACAAUGCAAUAUUAGAAGAUGGAACUAUAAACAAACCCUGCUGCCAAGAUCGUCAACCAAAUAAAUAG